AUUCAUGCAAGUCGAUUUCGUUGGUUCUGUGUGUUGAGCCUAGCAAAAGAACAUGGUGAUAGUGAUAUGAAACAAGUCUAUUAGCAAUACCACGCUCUACACAUAUAUAUUUUCGCGAAAUAACGAUGAUAUUUGGUCACGAUCUUCCUACGUAAAACUUAAAAAAGUGUCAUUUGAAUGAUCAGUUAAAAGAUGCUGAUCAAAUAAUAUCCAAAAAGAAAAACAAAUUGAUUGAGCUAAUAUAGCAAUUACUAAAUAAAUACUAUGGGGGCACUUUUGGAUACUCCAAAAACAGAAAAAUAUAAUGAACAUGGUUCUGGCAAUGGAUUACAUUAUGGUGUUGCCAGCAUGCAAGGAUGGAGAAUGGAAAUGGAAGAUGCUCAUAGAGCAAUAACUGGUUUAAAAGGUGGUCUCUCAGAUUGGAGUUAUUUUGCAGUAUUUGAUGGUCAUGCUGGUGCAUUAGUAUCAGCUCAUAGUGCAGAACAUUUGUUAGAAUGUAUAAUGCAAACAGAAGAGUUUAAAGCAGAAGAUGUUACCAAAGGAAUACAUUCUGGCUUUCUUCGACUUGAUGAUGAAAUGAGAGAAUUACCAGAAAUGAGUUCUGGAACAGAAAAAUCUGGUUCUACAGCUGUUUGUGCAUUUAUAUCUCCCAGAAACAUAUAUAUUGCUAACUGUGGCGAUUCUCGAGCUGUACUUUGUCGAGCAGGGGAUCCAGUUUUCUCAACAAGAGAUCACAAACCUGUCUUACCUGCUGAAAAAGAAAGAAUUCAAAAUGCUGGUGGUAGUGUAAUGAUUCAAAGAGUUAAUGGAGCUUUAGCUGUAUCUCGUGCAUUGGGAGAUUAUGAGUACAAAAAUUUGAAAGAUAGAGGCCCCUGUGAACAGUUAGUGUCUCCAGAACCAGAAAUAUUUGUUCGAGAUAGAGACGAUGAACAUGAUGAAUUUCUAGUUUUAGCAUGUGAUGGUAUUUGGGAUGUUAUGAACAACGAAGAUCUAUGUAAUUUUAUACAUUCAAGGCUGUUGCUUACAGAUGACCUAGAAGCAGUUACGAACCAGGUCAUAGAUACCUGUCUAUAUAAGGGUAGCAGAGAUAACAUGAGUAUAGUUUUGGUAACAUUUCCUGCUGCUCCAAAACCAAGUCCAGAAGCACAGAAAAAAGAAGCAGAGCUUGAAAUGGCCAUUGAAAGGAGAAUCAAAGAAAUAGUUGCUGAACAAAAGGAUAAAAAUGAAUUUGAUUUUUUGCAACUGUUACAACUUCUUGUGGACCAAGAAUUUCCUAAUCUUCCGCCUGGUGGUGGUCUUUCAGCCAAACAACCUUUCAUUGAACAAGUGUUUCGAGAAGUAUGUCCCAGCCGAGCGGAUAGUAAUUCUCAAGCCACUUAGUGUACACAAUAUGUAUACAAUUUUAUACAUGUGAUAUACAUUAAAACUGGUGAACCCAAAAGUCAUGAAAUGAGAUACCAACCAACAAGAACUACUGAGGAGUACUACAUGAAGAGAGACUGAGGAAUGGUGUUACAGGCAUAUUUAAUUUCUAAUUAAAUAAUUUUUGGAAAUUGCAUUGUAAUACUAAAUUCAGUUACAAAAUUUAUUGUACAAAGCAUUUUAAUUUUUAAGUAAAUAUAAAAAAAUCUGAUCAAGUUCUCUAUAGCAAUAUAUUAUAGGUUUUUACUUUGAAUAUAUAAUUAAUGUUGUAUAUUAUUAUCCUUCUACUAAAUAAAUAUUUAUCAAUUA